CGCACAACACAAACAAACAUUAAGACAUCUCUCUCUGUUCUUCACCAGUUUCCGAAAACCAUCUUCUUCUUCUUUUUUUUAAUUUUCUCAUUUUGAUUUUGACUCUGCCUCACGUAUCCAAGUUUCUCUCUUUCAUUGUUCUGCCUCUUCAAUUCUUUCUUACAUGACCCGACCAAAAAGAAAAUAAUUAUAGAACCCAAAGGAUCAGAAAUUUAAAAAAAAAAAAGGUUUUAACUGGUUUAGUUUCUUCGUCUUUUCUUCGUGUAAGAUCUGGAAAGGAUGAAGCGAAUAAGAGAUGAUAUAUAUUCUGGUUCUCAAUUUAAACGCCCAUUUACUUCUUCAAGGGCUGAAUCCUAUGGGCAAAACCAAAUGCCUGGUGGAGGUGGCGGUACAGGUGGAGGGGAAGGGGGAGGAGGAGGAGCUGGAGGAGGGGGAAGUAUGUCGCAGAAACUGACUACAAACGAUGCCUUAACAUAUUUAAAGGAAGUCAAGGAGAUGUUUCAGGAUCAAAAAGAGAAGUACGACAUGUUCCUUGAAGUCAUGAAGGAUUUCAAGGCUCAAAGGACUGACACUGCUGGUGUCAUUGCCCGAGUGAAAGAGUUAUUCAAAGGGCAUAACAACUUGAUUUAUGGAUUUAAUACCUUUUUGCCAAAGGGAUAUGGAAUUACCCUUGACGAGGAUGAGGCUCCUCCAAAAAAGACUGUUGAAUUUGAUGAAGCAAUCAGUUUUGUAAACAAAAUAAAGAAACGUUUCCAAAAUGAUGAGCAUGUUUAUAAAUCAUUUCUGGAUAUUUUGAAUAUGUACCGGAAGGAGCACAAGGACAUAAAUGAGGUCUAUACUGAGGUUGCUUCUCUUUUUGAGGACCAUCCAGAUCUUCUUGAUGAGUUCACAAGAUUUUUGCCAGAUUCUCAAGCAGCACCUAUGACCCAACAAGUUCCAUAUGGUCGAAACUCAACUCAGCAUUAUAACGAGCGAAGCUCUGCUACACCCACCUUGCGGCAAAUACAAAUGGAUAAGCAACGUCGGAGGGAUAGGAGUAUUACUUCCAAUGCUGAUAGGGAUCUCAGUGUUGACCGUCCUGAACUGGACGAUGACAAAGCUGUUAUAAAAGUGCAAAAGGAGCAGAGAAAGCGCGUGGAAAAGGACAGUAGGGAUCAGAGAAUUCGUGAUCACGAUGAUCCUGAGCAUGACAACAAUAGGGAUUUUAACUUGCAACGUUUUCCUGACAAAAAGAGAUCCGGAAGGAAGGUUGAAGGAUUUGCUUCUUAUGAUGACAGGGAUACUUUCAAAAGCAUGUGCAACCAAGGGUUUGUAUUCUGCGAGAAAGUUAAGGAGAGGCUAUGCAACUCAGAUGACUACCAGGCGUUCUUAAAGUGCCUUAAUAUUUAUAGCAACGGAAUAAUCAAAAGAAAUGAUUUGCAAAAUUUGGUGACUGAUUUACUUGGCAAGUAUCCAGAUCUUAUGAAUGAAUUCAAUCAGUUCUUGGAGCGUUGCGAGAAUACGGAUGGGCUUCUUGCUGGUGUUAUUAAUAAAAAAUCUCUUACAGUUGUUGGACAUGCACCCAAGUCAGAGGAAAAACGUGAAAUUGAGGCGGCUAAGGAAAAGGAGAGAUAUAAGUAUAUGGGAAAAUCAAUACAGGAGCUUGACCUUUCUAACUGCCAAAGUUGUACUCCAAGCUAUCGGCUUCUGCCUGAUGAUUACCCAAUACCUAUCGCAAGUCAGAGAUCUGAGCUCGGCGCUCUAGUGCUGAAUGAUAAUUGGGUAUCUGUGACUUCAGGAAGUGAGGAUUAUUCUUUUAAGCACAUGCGCCGAAAUCAAUAUGAAGAGAGCUUGUUCAGAUGUGAGGAUGAUAGGUUUGAGCUGGAUAUGUUGUUAGAAUCCGUGAGCUCAACAGCCAAGCGUGCCGAGGACUUGCUAAAUAGCAUUAAUGAAAAUAAAAUAAAUUUGGAUUCUCCGUUCCAUGUUGAAGAACACUUCACUGUUCUAAAUUUAAGGUGCAUUGAGCGUUUAUAUGGUGACCAUGGUCUUGAUGUGAUGGAAAUAUUACGUAAAAAUCCUGCUCUUGCAUUACCCGUCAUUUUAACUCGCCUGAAGCAGAAGCAAGAAGAGUGGACGAAGUGCCGUUUAGACUUCAACAAGGUUUGGGCUGAAAUUUAUUCGAAAAACCAUUACAAAUCGCUUGAUCACCGCAGCUUCUAUUUCAAGCAGCAGGAUUCAAAGAACUUGAGUGUGAAAUCUUUAGUGGCUGAAAUCAAGGAGUUGAAAGAGAAGAACCAGAAAGAGGACGAUGUUCUUAUGGCUAGCGUUGCUGGUCACCGACAACCCCCCGCUCCACACCUUGAAUAUGAAUAUGUGGAUGUCAACAUUCAUGAGGACCUAUAUAAACUUAUAGAAUAUUCAUGUGAAGAGAUGUGCUCAACGAAAGAACAGUUAAAUCGAGUAAUGAGGCUGUGGACCACUUUCUUGGAACCAAUGUUGGGUGUGCCUCCUCAACGUAAUGGCAGAAAGGGCACUGAAGGUGCUGGUAAAGCGCAGAAUUCUGCUGUAAAUGGCACUGCAUCAAGCAUUGCUGAAAGUGAUGGGAGCCCUGGAGCUGAUGCUACUGUAAAUUCAGGGCAACCAAAGGCUGCUAGUAAUGGAGAUGGGAACAGUUCUUCCGAACUAACAAAUUCUUGCAGAAAUGGGUUGACAAACAGGGAAACUUUAGCGAAAGAUGAACACUCAGUUCGUGUCUCCAGAGUUGAUUCGAAGCCAGAGAAAGAGAUUAAAUUUACAGCUGAUAAAAGGCCUGGAAUUAACAUGGUUGCUAUUGGAAUCAAAGCAGAAAAUAAUCAGGGCCGAAGCAAUGUUGAAGGGACAUCAGGUCCCGGUGCAGCUGCAUCUAGACCUACUAGCAUUACUGCUGGUGAGGCUCAUGAAUCUGAAGCUAAUGUUGAUCCUGUACAUUCAUCGGAGGGUGUCACUGUAGCAAAACAUCCUUUAAUAGUAAAUGGAACGCCUACAGAUGGCUCUAAUGCUAGCAGAUAUCACGAAGAAUCCACUGGUCCCUCCAAAGUCGAAAAAGAAGAAGGUGAAUUAUCACCUAAUGGUGAUUUUGAGGAGGAUAAUUUUGUUGCCUAUGGUGAUGCUGGUCCAAAGGUAGUGCCGAAGGCAAAGCAUGGUGUUGAAAGCAGACAACAGCGAUCUGGAAAUGGGAAAGAUUUGCAUUCCGUGGAUGCUGGUGGAGAAAAUGAUGCGGAUGCUGAUGAUGAGGAUAGUGAAAAUGCCUCGGAGGCUGGUGAUGAUGCAUCGGGCAGCGAGUCUGCAGGUGAUGAAUGCUCCCAUGAAGAGGAGGAAGAGGUCGAACGUGAUGAAGUUGAUGGUAAGGCUGAGAGUGAAGGUGAAGCCGAAGGAAUUGCUGAUGCACAUGUGGGAGGAGAUGGGACCUCCUUGUCAUUCUCGGAACGUUUUCUUUUUACAGUGAAGGCUCUUUCAAAGCACGUACCACCAGCUUUACCUGAAGAUGAGAAAUACAAUUCUUGGGUUUUUUAUGCAAAUGACGAUUUCUAUGUUCUUUUCAGACUUCAUCAAAUCCUGUACGAAAGAAUACUUUCGGCAAAAACAAAUUUAGCCGGUGGUGAAAUAAAAUGGAAACAUUUGAAAGACACUAGUUCUUCAGAUUUAUAUGCCAGAUUUAUGAGUGCAUUGUACAGUCUGCUCAAUGGAUCGACCGAUAAUACGAAGUUUGAGGAUGAAUGCCGAGCUAUAAUAGGAAACCAGUCAUAUGUGUUAUUCACAUUGGACAAGUUGAUAUAUAAAUUGGUUAAACAGCUUCAAGCUGUUGCAGCGAAUGAGAUGGAUAAUAAGCUUCUUCAAUUGUAUGAAUAUGAAAAAUCCCGGAAACAUUGGAAGACAAUGGAUUCAGUUUAUUACGAGAAUGCACGUGUCCUCCUCCAUGAGGAGAAUAUAUAUAGACUGAAAUGCUCAUCUUUGCCAUCUCGUUUGUCUAUUCAGCUGAUGGACAAUGUCAUUGAAAAGCCCGAAGCAUUUGCUGUUUCCAUGGAACCUAAUUUUUCAGCCAUUUUGCACAAUGACUUUCUGUCAGUCUUUCCCGGAAAGAAGGAACCACAUGGCAUCAUACUAAAGAGAAACAAGAAGAACUACGCAAAUCUAGAUGAAUUUGAUGCUACUUGCAUGGCCAUGGAAGGCGUUGAACUGGUUAACGGUUUAGAGAACAAGAUAGCUUGCAACUCAUACAAGAUAUCUUAUGUAUUGGACACUGAAGAUUUCUUCUUUCGUAGAAGAAAUUCAUCACGGCGCAGAUCACGCAGUAAUCAGGCAAGAAUACAACGGUUCCUUAGAUUUUUAUCCACUACACAAUAAUUUAGCAUUCUCUCUCAGCGGCACGAAAGAACCCAUUGGUGGAAACCAAACCCCAAAAGGCUUUCGAAAACGACAUGUUUUGUGUAUGUUCAAACAUGGUCGAUGCUCAGACUGAAGAAAGGACGAACUGUUAGGAAAUGUAGCAUAUUUGUAAGAUGAUAUGAGCAGGAUCUGACCAAUUAUCCUGUAAAUAGGAUUUGCAAUUUGCAUGAUAAUUUGUAAAGAAAAGGAAAAAGGUAAAAGAAAAAAAAAGAAUCAUUGUUCCAAACGUGUUUUAUGCUUUUACCCACAGGUUUACCAGCUUCUUCCAAUUUGCAUAUCUAGUUCAUAGUGAAGCUACCUGAGUAAUUACAAUGCAUGCAAAGGACAUAAGAGGAAAUGUUGAGAACCAAAUAUUAUCCUUGUGAGUGAUUGUAUCAAUUAAUUGGGUUUAA